AUCGAGUUCCUCAAGAUCCCAAUUAGGACUUAUCUAUACAAUGGAGAAUUUCAGCCACCGCCAGUCCAUUCAUUUAAUAAUGAUUUCGUUGCCAAAGACAAACGCCUCUUCUUUCUUCCCGCUUAGUGCUUAGUAAGAUCGAGCAGAUGUGGAAAGCUGACACCUGGAACAUGAACCUCGCAAAGUCAAGUGACCAUGCAUUUCUUCCUUCAAAUCGUCCUUUACAAACCUGCAAUUGGAAAUCUCUGCCCAAAAAAAAAUGACGAUCUCGAAACUCGUCGAGAGCUUGACAGCAAAACUCUCCCCAGCAGCCAGUGUGCUCACAGAUCCCGCCAGUGACGAGUUCAAAGCUGCUCUCGAGCGAUGGACUGAGUUGGAUCUCGAGACUCCUGGAGCUGUUGUGCUAGUUUCUUCUGAGGAAGACAUCGUUCAGACCGUGAAAUUGGCAAUCGAGCACGGCAUCCCCUUUGUUCCCAAGUCAGGCGGGCAUAGCCAGUGGUCAACAAUUGGAUCUGAGGGCAUUAUUAUCGACCUCAGCAACUACAAGAAUGUGAUCGUCAACAAGUCUGCUCAAACGGUACAAAUCCAGGGUGGGGUAGUUAAUAGGGAGGUUAUUGAAGCUUUAUACGUAGAAGGGUUGUGCACGUCUCUCGGAGGAGGCAACACAAUAGGAACAAUCCCUCAGGGAAUCGGUGGUGGAAUCUGCGCCCUCACGAAGCUCUGCGGCACCACAUCAGACAACAUCCUCUCCGCGCGCAUGGUCACCGCAGCCGGCUCCAUAAUCACCGUUGACGACUCAACCCCCGACCUGCUCUGGGCUUUGAAAGGAGCCGGCCAAUUCUUCGGCCUGGUAACGGAACUCACACUGCGCACCUACCCCCUCUCCAUUCUCGGAAUGGACGACGGAUCCGUCUACACUGGUACCUUCAUCUUCGACAUCCCGCAAGUCGGAGAGGUGACCAAGCUCGCGCAUCAAUUUAUGAACGUGAAAGACCACAACUCCGCCGUCCUCGCCGUCGUAACCCUCAACCCCCAGCUCCAAAAACCAUGCUUCCUUCUCAUGUGCAUAUAUUUCGGACCCGCCAUCGAAGCAGAGAAGUUCCUCGAGCCAUUCAAGGCUCUGUCGCCGAUGAUGGCGGUGGGCUCAAUGGUUGACUAUACGAAUAUCAACGACAGUAUGGACCCCUUUACCGUCAAAGGAGACUACAAGUGCUUUAACCUCGCCGGCGUACCGCGCUUUGAUCCGGCGCCCUGGCAAGGAAUCGCAGAAAGCUUCGUUGAACUAACGAAAGCCUUCCCGGACAUAAAAAUGGGAGGGUAUGGCUUUGAAUGGACGACUGGGAAACAAAAAGAGAUAGAGCUGGAUUCGGUGUGGGCACAUCGCGAUUUGCAGUUCUGGGUGGAGAAUUUGUCUUGGUAUACGGACGAGAGUUCUGGGGAGGGAGUGCAGAAAGCUGCGGAGGAAACAUUGGCAAAGGCGACGCGACAUUGUAAAGCGGAAGAGAUCCAUCACUACCAGAACUUUUCUAGACAUGAUUCGCUGGAGAGCAGGUUCGGGGAGGAAAUAGUAGAGAAAUUGAGGCGGUUGAAGAAGAAGUGGGAUCCGAAGGGGGUGUUCACGAAGCAGUUGCUCUGAUUUGAUGUCCGAUGGUCAGACUGCUUGGUGAACUCACAUGAAAAGCCAGUGCCUAUUCAAAACGACCAGCCGGCAAUUAAGACUCCAAUGACUUUUAAGCGAUCAUUGUAUUCAUGUAGUACAGCUGCCUAUUGUUGGCUACACGCUUCCUUUGCAAUUGGCAGAAAAGUCCCGAAUGUGGAGACGGCGUUCAGGACUCGGCCUCAAUAGCGCACCUUGGGGUAGCUGAAAAUCGAAACCCUCCAAAA